GAAGUCUCUGUGAAGGACCUUGGUCCGCAGAUUGGAUGGAGAACAGUGUAUAUCAUCGAGUACUUGGGCCCAUUGCUACUGCACAUCCUGUCUUAUAAGUACUUUGGAGAGCCAAAGAAGUACAACUUGCUGUGGAAGAUGCAGGUGUUCCACUACGCUAAGCGUGAGUUUGAGAAUGUCUUUGUCCAUAGAUUUUCGAGCUCUACCAUGCCAUUGUUCAACCUGUUCAAGAACUCGGGCUAUUAUUGGUUGCUGGGUUCUUCGUUGUCGCUGAUGUACAACGAUUGGGGUAACUUCACAGUGCCAGGCUGGGCUCCAUCUGCAACCACUAUCCAAUGGUUGUUCAUCGCAUGGUGCGUGUGCCAAUUCUUCAACGGUGUCAGCCACGUCCAAUUGCGUUUGCUUGGUGACAAGUCCAUCAGAAUGGGUAAGGGUAGACAGCCACCACAAGGUGGUUUCUUUGAGAUCUUUGUCAGUCCAAACUAUACCUUUGAAAUCUAUGGCUGGGCUCUGGUGUUCUUGAUGAACCCAAAUGUCUUCUCCUUGUCGUUCCUCAUUGUCGGUGCAACACAGAUGUACUUUUGGGCACAGGCCAAGAACAAGAAGUACAACACCCACAAGUCAUUCAUCAUUCCAUUUUUGUUC